AUUACAUAUUUGGAGUAUGGUUAUUGACCGUUUAUGUUCUUACGUUAAAAAAAUAAUAACAACCACAGCACGUGACGUCGCAGAAGCUAAAGGAGGAAGUGACGUAAUCCUUGCGCAUGAGCGGGACCGAUUGCGUUCCGGGCUCAGGGGUCCCGCUGAUGAAGACCCAGGAAGUGCAAGCUAGUAAUGACGUCCCGCUGCCGAGGAUGAGGAGCAAACGCUGUGCAUGCAGCAGUGUGCUCGACUCUGAGUGCCAUUACUUCUGCCACCUGGACAUCAUCUGGGUCAAUACGGCCAGUAAAACAACAAUUUAUGGCCUCGGUGGUGCUUUGUCACGACGACGAAGAUCCGCAGGCAGGUGUACUUGUGAAAACCUGGAUGACCUAACCUGUGCCAGCUUCUGCCAUCACAACCUUGAAAAUCACAUUCCUAAAGAGAGAAUUCAACCCACUUAGCAUCUUGAGGGGUGCAGUGAGGAGGUCCAAAACUGAUUGAGAAGGAAAGAAAAGGCUCAGAGAGAGAAGACAUGCCAAACAUCCACCAAACAGCACAAAAAAACAAUGACGCUCCUUCGAUGGCAAGGCAAGCUGACAGAUGCGUCUGUGCAGGGGGGCUGAUGGACCAUAAAGACGUGCGUCCAUUCUGGAAACGUGUGAAAGGAGCAAAAAGACAGAGGUCUGCUAACACACCAUGCAAAAAGAGCGCUUUGCCUCCAGUUGUCAAAGUGUUGCCGAAAUCCUUUUGUCACUUGAACGAGAGAGCGGGCACAGUAAUGAGUGAGCGGACAGAAUAGCACAGAGCAGUGAUUCCUGACAUUUACUCUCUUUUUUUCUGUAAGUAGUUCUCUUGCCUGCUCAGGUGGUGCAUGAUGGAACAGGUGUCAUCAACACUGAAUGGACAGAAGACAUCAAAAUGGGAACUGGCCCUUUUAUAUUUCUGUUCUGCCCAAAGGCCUAAAAGUUACAUAACAGGGACAAACUUCCAUAGUUUCACUUCCUGUCCCAAUACUUUUGCCCAUACUAAUUGAGCCAAUCUGUAGGCUUGCUCUCUUUUGUCUACCGAAAUAAACAGGCACCCUGAUGCAUGUUGUGGCUGCUUGUUUUGUCAACUUUGACCUUUACUGU